CAAUACAGCCGUCAAUUUUGAAUCAACUGAAUUUUCCAGUCGUCCACUAUUUUGUUUAAUAUAUGUACGUUUUCAUAUGCAUUUUACUAAAUAGCUGUUGAAAUGCAUAUAAAGUCGAUUGUGCUCGACGGGUUUAAGUCCUACGGACAGAGGACCGAGGUUAAAGGAUUUGAUCCGAUGUUUAACGCCAUCACAGGACUAAAUGGCAGUGGAAAAUCCAAUAUUUUGGACGCGAUAUGCUUUGUUUUGGGCAUUUCAAACUUAUCACAUGUGAGGGUAAACAGUUUGCAAGACUUGAUCUUCAAAAGUGGCCAGGCUGGUAUCAACAGAGCGACUGUUUCGAUUAUAUUCGAUAACCAAAAUGCCAUCCAGUGUCCGCCCGGUUUUGAAAAUACCAAAGAAAUCACUAUUUCCAGAACGGUAGCUAUAGGGGGCAAGAACAAGUACAUGAUCAAUGGAAUCACGGUCACCGGCACAAAAGUGCAGGAUCUGUUCUGCUCGGUGCAGAUGAACGUGAACAAUCCCCAUUUCCUUAUAAUGCAGGGCCGCAUUACUAAAGUGUUAAAUAUGAAACCUCCAGAGAUCUUGUCUAUGGUAGAAGAAGCCGCCGGGACCAGAAUGUACGAGGUAAAGAGACAGACAACCCAAAAGUUGAUUGAGAAGAAAGACUCCAAACUGGCCGAGUUUCAAGCGGUGAUAAACGAAGAGCUCUCUCCUAAACUUCAAAAGCUGAAAUCGGAGCGCGAACAGUACUUGAAAUACCAACGAAUUGAGCGCGAAUUGGAGCACUUGGUGGGCAUAUACCAAGCCUGGCAGUACUUUGAGGCCAAGCGAAACUUUGUUAAGGCCGAGCAGGCGUUGGAGAACGGGCAAAAAACAAUUACAGAAUUUGGUGAAAAAAUUGAUCAGAACAAGGAAGCUGUGGAUCAGCUGAUGAAAGAAAUUGAAACUAUAACUCACAAUAAUAAAUCGGAAGGAUCCAAAGAACUGCAGGAAAUCGAGGCAAGGCUGAAAAAAAAGGAAACUGAAGAAGCUAAAAUAAAUGCGGCGGUUAAAAAGGUGCAAGACAACAUUGCGAGUGAGGAGAAACAGAAAAAGCAACUGGAAAAGAACAUUGCUGGUGUGGAACAAACUAUAAACACCAAACAAAAUGAGCUCAACCAAGUGCAAUCUUUGUGCGAAACUAUCAAGGAAAAUGAUCGAAAAAACACGGAAGCUUUAGCACUAGCAGAGCAAAAGUACGAAGCUCUUUGUGCUGGAUUGGAAGUAAAUGACCAGGGCGAAACGGAAACUCUAGCGGAACAAUUAAUGGCCGCUAAUGAAGAAGCUGCAAGGGCACGCACCGAGAUCAAACAAGCAUCCAUGCAGUUGGUAUUUUGCGAAAAGCAGUUGGCGACAAAGCAAAAAGACGCAAAAAGCAGCUCAUCCGAAAAUGGCAAUGAUAAAGCAAACCUGCGAAAAACGGAGACGAAAGUGGCCCAAUUGCAGAGUUCCAUAGAGAAACUGAACUUCUCCGAAGAACGAAUGUCCGAACUCAGUAAUCGGCGUCGGACUUUGUAUCACGAAGUCCGAACACUGCGGGAUCGGGUGGAUAGUUUCGAGGCGCGCCAUCCUCACAUCGCAUUCAAGUACAGCGAUCCGAUGCCAAACUUCGACCGAUCCAGAGUGAAAGGAGUUGUAUGUAAGUUGAUUCAAUGCAAGAACAUUAGUUAUGCGACAGCGUUGGAAACAGCUGCUGCUGGCAAGCUCUAUAACGUUGUUGUGGACACUGAGGCGACAUCGCGCUUAAUUCUGCAAAAGGGCGCUCUAAAAACUAGAACUACUUUUAUUCCCCUCAAUAAAAUAUCGGCGAAUAAAAUGAGCCAAGAGACCAUCAACUUGGCGCAAAAAUUGGUGGGAAAGGAAAACUGCCUGCCAGCGCUUUCCUUAAUAAACUACGACAGAUCCUUGCAGUCAGCCAUGGAGUUUAUCUUUGGAAAUGUGUUUAUCUGCAAAGACAUUAAUGUGGCUAAAAAAGUGACUUUCCACAACUCCAUUCGGAAAAAGUGCGUUACUUUGGACGGCGAUUCGACGGACCCCAACGGUAUUUUGAGCGGUGGGGCCACACUCAAAGGCCAAUCCAUCCUGCAAAUGAUUGAGGAAAUCAAACAAAUCGAGGCAGAACUUCGCCAGAAGACUCAGGAAUUAUCGCAAAUAGAUUCCGAAUUGAACAGCAUGAGCAAAACCCAAGAACAAUACAACACCAUUAAGCACGAACGGGACAUUGCAAAAAACCAACUUGAUCUGUUAAAGCAGCGUCUGUUGAACACAACCUUUGCCAGAGAGCAGAGCGAAAUUGACGAUUUGAAGGCGCAAAUAACCCAACUGAAAGAGCAAAUGGCAUCGUGCCAAGAUAUCGAAACGAAGUCCAACAAACUGGCCGAAGGUCUGAAAACGAAAAUCAAUGGUUCAUCGGGCUACAAAGAGAAACGUCUGAAAGACGCCAAAAACGAAAUGCAGACAGCAAAGACCAAAGCGGAUAAGAGCAAAGAGGAAUGGCGACAGAGAGAACAAAAUUAUGAGACGCUCACUUUGGAAAUUCAAGAGCUGCAAAAGAGUUUCGAAAGUAACAAGCAACAGCUGGUUGCACAAGAGGAACUGAUUGCAAAGUUGGAGGAAGAAUGCGCAAAGGCCUCAGAAGGAUUGAGCGCGAUGAAGGACGCUGUCAACGAAAUACAAGCCGAAGUUAAACGAUGCAAAGCGGCAAUUACGGAGAAAAACAAAGAUGUUCAAAGUAAAGUUAAACAGAAGGAUCAACUGCUAGCUGAAAACACUGAACUGGAGUUGCAGAUCAAGAAGCAUUCACAUGAAAUCAGCGACCUAAAGGCCGCUUGCAAGACAUCAAAACAACGCGAGCAAGAAUACAUAAAGAGAAUUGGAAAAAAUACCAACUAUUUGGAAGGAGCGGAGAAAUUAACAGAUAAUGAAGGCCAGGAUUUGGAAAGGAGAAUAAAAGUAGGCCGGGAGAAGAAACAUACUCUUGGUCGGACUGUUAAUGCUCAAGCGCAAAGCAUGUUCGAAGUUGAAGAGAAACGGUUUGAUGACAUAAUCCGAAAGCAGAAAAUCGUCGAAGUGGAUAGAUCGAAACUGAUCAGAACCAUUAAAGAACUGGAUAGGAAAAAGGAAAGCGCACUGAAGCUGGCGUUCGAGCAAGUUUCCAAAGAUUUUGGUUCAAUUUUCGCCACUUUAUUGCCAGGAGCCAACGCCAAACUGGGCGUGUUGCAAGGAAAGAGCAUUCUGCAAGGCUUAGAGAUUAAAGUCGCUUUGGGCAAUGUUUGGAAAGAGAGCUUAACCGAGCUGAGCGGUGGCCAAAGAUCUCUGGCUGCCCUAUCGCUAAUUCUAGCGAUGUUGCUCUUUAAGCCGGCUCCUAUUUAUAUUUUGGAUGAGGUGGAUGCCGCUUUGGACUUGUCCCAUACCCAGAAUAUUGGAAGUAUGCUCAAGUCCCACUUCAAUAAAUCUCAGUUCAUUGUGGUCUCCCUGAAAGACGGCAUGUUUAAUAAUGCCAAUGUAUUGUACCGGACAAAAUUCAUCGACGGGAUGUCAGCCGUGCAAAGAACAGAAAACACUCAUAAAAAUCACUGAGUUACGGUUUAAAAUUAUUAUUUUGUAAAUGUACCUUUUCUACUUAAUUUAAAAUAAUUUUGUUGCUAAAA